UAUUAUGCUGGCCGAGACAUCAUGUCCCACCCGUCGCGUCCCACGCUCGGCAAGCCCGGCGACAACGAUUACGUCCACAUACGAAGUCUCGUCGCGAAUAUACACGCGCCAAAGAAUGUGUGCAGGCCGCCCGUGGGUCCAGUUAUAUCGGUGGAAGGAGGACCGAAGCUGGCCGUGGUCGAGGAAUCGCCGGCGUCGUCAGGAUCGGAUCGGAGUCGGUCCGAGUCUGAGAAGUCGGACGUGUUGGGAGAUAUCGUGGUGGAAGAGGUGACGCCGAAGCGCGCGAAGAGCAACAGUAUAGCGGGGGCGACGUCGCUGAUGCCGCCGGAGCCGAAGCGGCGGCGGGCGUCGUUCCUGCACCUGCACAUCGGCGGGCACGAGCACCACGCGGGCCCGCUGUCGGCGGGCGCGCACCUCAGCGUGCCGCGCCUCUCGGUGACGGCGCCGCCGGGCGAGCACCGCCGCAUCAGCCACGGCUUCUCAGCAUUCCACGGUUUCGCUCUUCGUCGACAUUCUAACACGAGCCUCCACCGCAGCGAGUCCAUGUUGUCUGUGGCGUGCUUCAAGACUCUGCAGCAGCUGGUCAACAGUGACUCGCCCGGCGAGCUCCAACAGUACCUCGCCAACAACAACAAUGUCAACGUGGAUGACAAAGAUGAGAAUGGCACAACGGCUCUCAUGUGCGCGUCCGAGCACGGUCGCGCGGCUGCGGUGCGACUGCUGCUCGACUGCGGUGCGGACGCGUGCGCGGCCGACGCGGACGGCUGGACGCCGCUUGCGUUUGCCGCGCGUGGCGGGCACGUUACCGUGGUGCGGGAGCUGCUAGAUGCUGGUGCUAAAGUUGACUCGAGGGACUGUGGUGGAUGGUCGCCUCUGAUGUGGGCCUCUUACAAGGGGUACGAGGAAAUAGUCGCGAUACUACUGGAGAAAGGAGCUGACGUCCACGCACAUGGAAACUAUAAUAUAAAUUCGUUGGUAUGGGCGGCAGGGCGGCGCCACAGUGGAGUGGUCCAACUUUUGCUCGCGGCCGGCGCGCGCGCAAAUUCCGGCGACAAGUACGCCACAUCGGCGUUAACGUGGGCGGCGCGCGCUGGCGACGCCGUAUCGUGUGCUGCGCUGCUGCGCGCCGGUGCCGAUCCGAAUACCGCUGGCAUGUACUGCUGGACGCCGCUGCUACAAGCUACCCACGGGAACCACUUGGAGAUCGUCCAGAUGUUGUUAGAGUACAAGCCGAACGUGAACGCGUUAGACAAGGACGGCUAUACGGCACUCGCUAUCGCCUGCAAAGAGGGAUACUAUGAUAUAGCAGUCGCUCUUAUUAACUCUGGGGCUUAUAUCAAUGUGCAGGACCAUUCAAAAGACACCCCUCUCAUACACGCCGUCAAAGGCGGCCACAAGAACAUAGUAGAAGCGUUGCUCAAGAAACACGUGGACGUGGACCUGUCGGGCAAGGAGAAGAAGACACCGGUGUACACGGCGGUGGAAAAGGGACACGUGGCUAUACUGAAACUGUUGCUGGCGUCCAAUCCUGACUUGGAACAUUGUACUAGUAGUGGUGACACACCUCUGCUCCGCGCGGUACGAUCACGCAACGCAGAAAUGGUACAAUUGCUACUAGAGCGUAAGGUGCGAGUCAACGUUGCGGACAAUCGAGGCGAUACAGUGUUGCACAUCGCUAUGCGAGCACGCUCCAAGCAAAUAGUCGAAAUACUCCUCCGGAAUCCGAAGAACAGUCAAUUAUUAUACAAACCGAACAAACUCAACGAGACGCCUUACAACAUAGAUAUGUCGUAUAACAAAACUAUACUCGGCCAGAUAUUCGGCGCGCGCAAGCUCAAUACUAAUGAAGACAAUGAGAACAUGCUGGGAUAUGAAUUAUAUAGUUCGGCGUUAGCUGAUAUGUUGUCGGAGCCAAGUUUGUCAGUCCCUAUUACUGUGGGGUUGUAUGCGAGGUGGGGAUCAGGGAAAUCGUUUUUGCUCAGUAAAUUAAAAGAGGAAAUGAAAAACUUCGCCCGGCAAUGGAGCGACUCGGGCUGGGCUUGGUCGUGGGCGGUGUCGUGGGGCGCGUGGCACAUCGCGCUCAGUAUCGGCGCCUGCACCGCCGUGGCCGGCGCCCCUGCUUACGUGGCUGUGGCUGUGUGCUUCGGACUAUUUGCUGCUAUAUACCUGGCUCUAUAUAUGUUCUGGAGUCUUGGCAACAAAUACGAGUGGUGGUGGGCGGGCGGCCUUCUGUCGGCUCUGGGGCGGCGGUUCAGCUCGCUGCUGCUAGUUCUACAGGUGGUGUUCUGUCACCCGCCCGGGCCCAACGACCCGAGAGCGUUACCCGCUACGCCCAUAAGAUUCCACUUCACAGAGGGCAUGAAGAGCGGUAGCCAAGAAGGCGAGGCGAUGGUGGUGCAAAUGAUUGCUAGUUUGGCAGAAGCACUAGAAUGUCAAUACGGGCGUAUUUGUACUAGACUCGCGCGGGCGUUUAGACCAAGACCAGUAUCUUCUACUUCGGGGUGGAAAUGGCGUCGAGUGUGCUGCAUCCCUCACAUCGUGACGUUCGAGAUCUGCUUUACUUGCAUCCUCGUGGGUCUAUGCGUCCUAGUGAUGUACUUUACCGAACCCAACAACGGCGCACAGCGGCGUGAAAUCCAACAGGGGCUGAUGAUCGGCGCGUGCGCCGUGGCCGGGGGCGUGCUCCUCGCCAACCUGUACACGUGGGGCCGCGUGCUGCUGGCGCUGCUGCUGCCGCCGCGCGCUCGCCUCGCGCGAGCCCUGCGCCGCGACGCGCCCACGCUGGCGCUGCGGCCCGAGGUGCAGACUCUCACGCACACGGUAUCGUGCCUCGACGCAUUCACCGGCCAGCAGACUCGCCUAGUCGUGGUCGUAGACGCUCUAGACAGCUGCGAACAGGAGAAAGUUCUGGCCCUACUCAACGCGGUGUACGCCCUCUGCUCAGACCCGAAGAGUCCCUUCAUACUGCUGCUGGCUAUAGACCCGCAUAUUAUUAGCAAGGCAGUGGAAGUGAACAGCCGACGCGCAUUCUCCGAGAGCAAUAUUGGCGGCUGGGAUUACCUCCGAAAUAUGGUUCAGUUGCCGUUCUACCUUCAGAACUCUGCGCUCCGCCGCGUCAAAACCGCACAACAGACGGCUGCGAAACGCAUACAAGCUAUUGCGACCGACGACUUCUCUGCAAGCAUGCAGCGUUCUGUAUCAGCCCGCCGUCUAUCCUCAACAUCCGAACUAAUGUCUAGCCAAGAGCGCAUCAAAAACCAACCGACCAAAGAGCUAAGCGCGGCCGCCGCGGCCCGCGCCCGGCGUCUCCGCCCCUCCGAAUCUGUAGCAUCGUCUGUAGCUUCAGGGUUACAUCGAGCUGCUCCUGCUGCCACGGCUGCAGAUCUUGGGAGAGUGUUGCUGACUGAUGACUACUUUAGCGAUGUGAAUCCGAGAAGUAUGAGGCGACUUAUGAACGUGCUAUAUGUUACUGGUCGUCUAAUGAAAGCAUUCCAAAUUGAGUUCAACUGGUACCAGCUAGCGUCCUGGGUGAACCUCACGGAGCAGUGGCCGUUCCGAACCUCCUGGAUCAUCUACCACCACGAGACGUAUGAGGAGCACAUCGACGAUAGCAAGUCGCUCAAGCACAUCUACGAGAAAGUGAAACCUCACCUAAACGGCCUUCGUGAAUCCAGCUCCCUAAUGGAGCUGGACCGCGACGAGCGAAAGCUGGAGGUGUUCCUCAGCUUCCAUCGCUCUACCCUCACCGCAGCUGACCUGAAGAUCUUCCUACCAUUCACCAUCAACUUGGACCCUUACAUCAAGAAGGUCAUCAAAGAAGAGCAGCUUCAGUCAGGCAUGGAGGAUGAGUUGAAUGGUGCUAUUUGGACGCCGCACACACGACAACCGCACAACAAAGUCUUCCACAGGAAACAUCGCAUAUCUCCUCCGAGUCAAGCCGCGGCGCCGCACACAUCUAUGUGCGUAGGCUGGGUGAACACGGGCAACGGUUUCAUGCCUCAACCCAUGCCGCACUACCCGCCACCCGCCGUCACGGGCGCCACGACUAACCCCUACACUGUGCUGAGAAACGCCUUCCCUGCGUUGAUGGACAUAUCAAACAUCCGUCUCUCAACGCUGUCCGUCGAUCGGGUCUGCAGUAUUGUGAGCGCGGCGCUGGGCGCGGGCGCGGCGCCGUGCUGCGCGGCGCUGCAGCAGCACCGCGUGUGCGGACUCGCGCUGAGACAUUGCCAGCUCGACGACCUCAAACCGCUCGUGGACCUGCCGUUCGGAGACUGGGAGUUGUUCAAAAUGCUCAUCACCAACCUGCGAGAGCUGGAGGCCAACAUGCCCUGCAGUGCGCCCGCUGUCACUGUUAUAGCAGAAAAAAAUACGGAGAGUGAGCCAGACACGGUGAAGCCCAGACCCAUCGAACACCAGCGCAGCCGUCCAUCCAAUGUAGAAAAACAGCCAUACGCGGAGUAUCAGGUGACGCUGGAAGAGCAGAUGAUCUGCGGCGCGCUCCAAACGCUAAACGAGGAGGCGAUGGAGGACGUCCUGCAAUCCGAGCCUGCCGCGCACCCAGACGAGGACGCCACGCUGCAGCUCGAGCCCGCCGCCAGCUCCGCGCGCCUGCGCCCCGCCGGCGCCUCGUGGAGCGGCUCCGCGCCCGCCUCGCCCGCCGACACGCCGCGCGCGGCCCGGCGCGCCGCCUCCUCGCUGCGCGCCAAGGAUCGCCGCGCGCCGCCCAACGUCACCUUCAACGUCGAGAACGAGGACGACUCCGACGACGGCCGCCCCAUCACCUUCAGCGCGCGCCCGCAGGACCGCCCCGUGUCGCUGCCGCUCGACCGGCCCGCGCGCGACCCCCGCCUCGGCGGCCUCCGCAAGACCGCCGACAUCCUCAAGAAGGUCGGCUCGGCGGAGAAGCUGACGCGGCUGAAGGACAAGAUAAUGUCGCGCGAGCGCAGCCCGGCGCGCGACGAGCCCGGCAGCGACGACGAGUCGGCGCCGCUCGUCGCGUCCGAGCCGGCCACGGCCGCCGGGUCGCCGGCGUCGGGCGCGCGCGCGGGCCCCGUCCGCGUCGAGUGCGGCGACCGCAGCCUGGCGGAGCUGUCGGCCGGCACGGGCGCGGACCUCUCGCCGCGCUCGGACGUGACGGAGCUGGAGUCGCCGCGCGAGGGCGCCACGGCGUUCGACCUGCUGCCGGAGGGCAAGGGCGACGCGGAGGCGGGCGGGCCGGCGGCGCGGCUGGCGCGCGCGGACAGCGGCGAGAUGUCCAACAUGGUGGAGCCGUACAACAUGCGGCUGCUGUCGCGCGGCGCUUCGGAUGCGCGCUCGCUGUGGCGCCAGGACGCGCUGGACUCGGGCCCGCCGUGGCCGUGGGACGAGCCCGACUCGGCCGUGUGACGGCGGCGGCGAGCCCGCCGUGCCGCCCGCCCCUGACUCUCUCUCGAGAGAGAGAGAGAUAGCCCGACGACCGCCUCGCAGACGAGGCCCUCGACUCCGCCUCGCCGGCGGUGGCGCCCGAGCGCCGCGUCGCGUGGUGUCGACUUUAUUCCAUUAGUUAUCGUAUGUCAAACGUAGUUAGAGAUUCUGACUUCCACGACUUAGAUUAAUUCUAGCUAAUAUGAACGAGUUCCGAAACGUAACCGAGUACUUAAUGUCACAACACGAAUUAAUAACGCAUUUAAAUGUAAUGACUACCCAGAAUUGUGAUAUUAUACCCGUAAGGAUAUUAAAAAUGUAUUUGCUGGAAAUCGAAA